AGCCGUUGUCAUGGUGACGGUGAUGGCGGCCGUGAUGGUGAUGGCGGCCUAGGCCGCGCCUGGCGGUGAGGGCGGAGGGGACUCCGGGAAACCGGGACGGGGCGAGGAUCCCACCCGUGGGAGGGCACGGAAAGGGAAAUCCUACCUGGGGAGCGGCUGAUUCUCCCCCCCGGGAGGGGAUCCGCAGCGAGGUCAGCCAUGUCUCCUCUCUCUCCCCUCAGCUGUUCUUUCUCCUUUCCUUUCCUCUUUCUCCUUUCCUCUCGCGUUCCGUUCCGUUCCUUGGAUUUACCGGAGCCGCCGGGAUGACUCAAGCGGAGCUCCGGCUCUGCUCCCUCCUGCUGCGGGAGAAUUUUGGCGAAAUUGUGGAAAAAGUUGGGAAUUCUCUACUCCGGACCGGCCCGCGGCCGUUGCGGUUGCUGGUGGGGGACACGGGGCUGCUGCCGGAUCAGGUGAAGAAGGCGCUGUGCGUGCUCCUGCAGCACGGGCUGGCGCGCUACGCGCCGCAGCCGCGGGGCCCGGUGGAGUACGAGGCGCGGAGCCGGCGCGUCCUGCGCCUCCUGCGCUACCCCCGCUACAUCUACACGGCCAAGACGCUCUACGGCGACCCCGGCGAGCUGCUGGUGGAGGAGCUGCUGCUCCACGGGCACCUCCCCAUGAGCGCCGCCGUGGCCAGGGUGGCCGAGCGCCUCACCGAGACCAUGGAAGACGGGAAGUCCAUGGAUGUCAGCGAGGUCUCGGCCACCUUCGUGCGCCUGGCCGACACACACUUCAUCCAGCGCUGCCCCGCGCCCCCCGCGCUGCCCCCCGAGGUGCCCCCUGAUGCCAGGGUGCCGCCGCCUGCCCCGGCCAGCGAGGACAAGGACAGGUUCCUCGUGCCGCGCCUCGGCCUCGGCGGCAAAGGGAAGAGGAGACACUCGUGUGAUGAGGAAGAGGAGGGCGAGCACAGAGCCAAAAGGCAGAAGCAGGAGGGAGGAAGCUCCGAGCCUCCCCCAGAUGAUGGAAUUUACUGGCAGGUGAACCUGGAACGUUUCCACCAACAUUUCCGAGACCAGGCUCUGGUCAGUGCCGUGGCCAGCAGGAUGGACCAGACCAGCAGUGAGGUGGUGAGGACGAUGCUUCGCAUGAGCGAGGUGACCACGGCCUCGGGCGCCUCCCACACUCAGCCCCUCUCCUCCAAUGAGAUUUUCAGGUCUCUCCCUGCCGGGUACAACAUUAGCAAAGCUGUGCUGGAUCAAUACUUGGCGCUGCUGGCCGAUGAUCCGCUGGAGUUCGUGGGGAAGGCGGGGGACAGUGGAGGGGGCACCUACACUGUCAACCUGCACAAGGCCCUGGUGUCCCUGGCCACGGCCACGCUGGAAUCCAUCGUGGAGGAGAGGUUCGGCUCCCGCUGCGCCCGAAUUUUCCGGCUGCUGCUGCGCAAGAAGCACCUGGAGCAGAAGCAGGUGGAGGACUUCGCCAUGAUCCCGGCCAAGGAGGCCAAGGACAUGCUCUACAGGAUGCUCUCCGAGAACCUGGUGGCACUGCAGGAGAUUCCCAAGACUCCUGACCACGCUCCCUCCCGCACCUUUUACCUGUACACGGUGAACGUGAUGGCCGCUGCUCGGAUGCUGCUCCACAGGUGCUACCAGAGCGUGGCCAACCUGAUGGAGCGAAGACACCACGAGAUGCGGGAGAACAAGAGGCUCCUGGAGAAGUCGCAGCGCGUGGAGGCCAUCCUGGCCUCCAUGCAGGCCACGGGGGCCGAGGCGGCGCAGCUGCACGAGGUGGAGGAGAUGAUCACGGGUCCCGAGAGGCAGCAGCUGGAGAACCUCAAACGCAACGUCAACAAGAUCGACGCCAGCGAGAACCAGGUGGAUGAGACCAUCUUUGUGCUGGAGGCGUUCAUCGAGAGCACCAUGAAGAGGCCGUGAGGGGACAGGGACAGGGACAAGGGGGGGACAGGGACAGGACAGGGACGGGACAUGGAGCAGCUGCCUCUGCCCACGGGGCUCGUGCUGCUGAGGAGAGUAAAGGAACGGUUGGUGAAGGGCCUGCGUGUCAGCUGGGCACGGGGACACACAGGGACACGGGGACAGACACGGGGACACGGGGACACAGGACACUGUGGUCCCCUCUCCCACGAGUGACCUGGGGUGACGCUGUCCCCAGUGUCCCCUGUCUGUCCUGGCAGCUUCACCUGGGAGCAAUCCCUGAAUGGAUGGAAUUUUGGAGCUGGAAUCCAGAUUUGGGCCAGGUUUAGGGUUUAGGGUUUGGGCCAGGUUUAGGAUUCAGGAUUUGGGCCAGGUUUAGGGUUUUGGGUCAUGUUUAGGGUUUUGGGCCAGGUUUAGGAUUCAGGAUUUGGGCCAGGUUCAGGGUUUUGGGUCAUGUUUAGGGUUUUGGGCCAGGUUUAGGGUUUUUGCCAGGUUUAGGGUUAUGUGCAUGGUGGCUCUGGAAGAAACUCAAGAUUCUUUGCUAAAUCCCACACGACAUCACGCACAGAAAGAGAACUUGUGCAUAUCAGUGAAAAUACUGAAAACUUGGAAAAUGUAAGAAAACGUUUUCUAUGUGAAGGAAAUAAAAAUAAUUCAUAAAUUGGA